AACGUGGAGAAGAAAAGUUUGCGAUUGGGGAGGAAAAUAUUUUGGAGAAAGUUUUUUUUAUUUUGAAAGCUGAGGAAAAAGGGGGGAAAACGCUGGGUCAAGACAAAAACGCGAACUGAAAAUAUCCAAGCCAAAUUAUUCAUUGAAAUAAAGCAAACAUCAGAUUGAUCGUGGCUGGUAGUUGUGUGUUUUGCAACCCGAAUUCUGAGGAGAGAGAAAUAAAAAGAGUGGAGGAGCCAAUGGCGACUAAGGGGAAGCAAGGUUUGGCGGCUGACACCUGUCCUCUGACUGAAGAUGGAAAUGAAGCAGAGCAAGAUGGGAGCCGAGUAUCACGGGAGGGGGAAUUGCAAGAAGCACGUCUUAGUGCUAAGGCCAAGAGGAAGUUGAGGAAGAAUUCGUCGCAUGACUCUGAGUCUGGCCGUGAGUCCUUCUCUGACAAUGCGGAGGCUUCUGGCACUAAAGGCAAAAUGGGAGACAAGAAAUCGCGAUCUGGGAAAGGCCGGGGGCUUCCGAAGAAAGGAGGUGCUGGCGGCAAAGGCGUCUGGGGUGCUGCAGCUCAGGUGUAUGAUGUGGAGCAGCCCGACAUCCGUGAUCCCAACUAUGACGACGAUAAACAGGGCGAGACAGUUUACCAAACGGUUGUCCCUGAACUGGAUGAUUGCGAGUUUGAAAAAGCGGUGACACCUAUCAUCCAGGAAUACUUUCAGCAUGGAGAUACGAAGGAAGUUGCUACCCUCCUGGCUCAGCUGAACCUCGGCAGCAAGAAGAGCAAGCUUCCAUUCCUGUCUGUGACCAUGUCCCUGGAGGGCAAGGCAAGCCACCGGGAGUUGAUGUCCCGUCUCCUGGCCGACCUGAUGGGGAAGCGGAUGUCAGUCGAAGACGUGGCUUUGGCUUUCGACCUGCUCCUGCGCGAUUUGCCAGACCUCGUCCUCGACACGCCCGAGGCUCCUCAGAUGCUGGGCCAGUUCAUAGCCCGUGCCAUGGCUGACCAUGUCUUACCUGCUGGUUUCCUGGACAGCUACAGAGGAAAGGUUGAUUGUGAGCAGGCUCGCGUGGCGCUGGACAAGGCCACAGUGCUGCUGAGCAUGAAGCGAGGCGUGCGUCUGGACAAUGUCUGGGGUGUCGGAGGUGGCCUGAGACCCGUGAAGCAGCUCGUCAAAGAGAUGAACCUGUUGCUGAAGGAAUACCUGCUGUCUACAGACACAGCUGAAGCUGGGCUCUGCCUGCAGAAUCUGGAGGUUCCCCACUUUCACCACGAGCUGGUCUAUGAGGCUGUACUGAUGGUCCUUGAAUCCACCAGCAGCAACGCCUCUGACCUGAUUGUAAAACUCCUGAAGAGUUUCUGGGAGUCUGGCUUUGUAACUUUCGACCAGAUGAACCGGGGAUUCAUGCGGGUGUUUAAUGCCAUUCAAGAUAUCAGUCUAGAUGUACCAAACUCUUACAGCACUCUGAAACAGCUUGUGGACCAUUGUCAUCAGCAAGGGGUCAUCACCAAAGCACUCCAAGAUCAGUGCCCAACACGGGAAGCCAUGGCCUUCAUGAAUGAGGACAGGAAUAACUGCCUUAUGCAGGCUGCGCAAUAAGAGGACCCCAAAAGUUGGAAAAGAUGCACCUGAGUGGAGUGGAGCAUUCACCAUAUCCGAGAUGCAGCAAGGGUCGCAUUUGGAUUCCGCAGAAUAAAGAAUGAGUCAGGCAGAAGGCUCCAGUUAAUUGGGACACCUUCCUGUCAUGGUUUUAAUAAUGGAAAACUUGCUAAAAAUGUGCUUUUGAACUCAGCUGUGUCCUGCGCUAUUUUGAUCUAAGCUCAGGUCAGUACUUGAGAACUUGAUUUAGAACUGAGGCCAGUGGAAUGUGAAGCUUUGAAAUGUUUCCAGUCCUUUUGAGGAUUUUUUUAAACUCUGGGUGCAGGAUAGAAAAAUCAACUGUGUAAUUGCAAUUUGGGGCAUUUUCUGUUCUUUAUGGCCUCUUGACAAUAAAGUUUUACAUUUCAUUA